CUUUGGCACGAUCACGUCGCGUCACAUGGACGAAAUCACGAGCGACAAAUCACAACGUGACGAUCAGGAAAGAAAGACCAGAACACUGCCGUGGCAGAUUGAAGUUUCGAGCACCAUUAUCAUCGAGCCAAUCGGACAACACAGCCUCCAGUGUAGUGAGGACUGAGGAACUGAGGAUGUGUCCGUACUUCGUGCUGGUCGCCGGCGUCGCCGCGCUCCUCGCCGUCACCUGCGUUGUCAUCAGGAAGGCUCGACGCAGCAGCAGCAGCAGCAGCAAGCUCCCGCCCUCGCCACCGUCGCGUCCGCUGGUCGGCCACUUGCACCUCAUGGGCAGCCUCCCACACCGCUCCUUGCGCGAGCUGCACGCUCGGUACGGCACCGACGGUGGGCUCCUGUUCCUGCGGCUCGGGCGCAGGCCGACGCUGGUGGUGUCCACGGCGGCGGCGGCGGCGGACCUGUACAAGAACCACGACCUCGCCUUCGCCUCCCGCGUGCCCAGCGUGCCGGUGGACAAGCUCACGUACGGCUGCAUGAACGUAUCGUUCGCGCCCUACGGCGACGCCUGGCGCCGCAGCAAGAAGAUGGCCGUCAUCCACCUCCUCUCCCCGCGCCGCGCCGACUCGUUCGGCCCUGUGCGCGCCGCCGAGGCGACCGCCCUUGUCGCGGGAGCCCGCCGCGCCGCGGAGGCCGGUGAGGCCGUGGAGCUGAGGGAGCUCCUGUACGCCUAUAGCAACUCCGUGGUCACCCGCGCGGCCGCCGGCGCCGCGGGGGCCACGGCGGAGAAGAUGAAAGAGCUUAUGGGGAACUCUGCGGCGUUCAUGUCGGGGCUCCAGGCGGAGGACGUGCUUCCUGGAGCGGCGGCCAAGAUGGUUAGGUGGGCGACGGGGCUGGAGAAGAGGAUCGACGUCCAGGUCGAAGCGUGGGACAAGUUCCUAUCCGAGAUAAUGGCCGAGCACCUUGAGAAGAAGCGUGACGACGGCGCACUGGGCGCAGAAGAGGACUUCUUGGACGUCUUGCUCCGGCUGAGGAAAGAAGGCACCGCCGGGCUCGAGCUCACCGACAAUCGCAUCAAAAGCAUCAUCAAGGACAUGAUCUUGGCCGGAACUGAGACGUCAUCUAUCACGCUGGAAUGGGUCAUGGCGGAGCUCAUCGGAAACCCGCGGGUAAUGGCCAAGCUGCAGGACGAGGUAACACGAAUCGCCAACGGCAAGCCGGCCAUCGAGGAAGACGAUUUGAGGAGGAUGGAGUACCUUAAGGCGGUGCUGAAGGAGGUCCUCCGGCUCCACCCGCCGGCGCCGCUCCUCGUCCCGCACGAGUCGACGACGGCGGCGGUCGUCCAGGGCUACGAGAUCCCCGCCAAGACGGCGCUAUUCAUCAACGCUUGGGCAAUCGCGAGGGAUCCCGCGGCGUGGGGCGACGCGGCGGAGGAGUUCCGGCCAGAGCGAUUCUUGGACGGCGCCAGCGCGACGGACGUGGACGUGCGGGGGAAUGACUACCAGCUCCUCCCGUUCGGCGCCGGCCGGCGAAUCUGCCCCGCCAUAAACUUCGCACUGCCGGUGCUGGAGAUCGCGGUCGCCAGCCUUGUGCGCCACUUCGACUGGGAGCUCCCCGCCGGGACGCGUCUGGACAUGGCCGAGACGCCGGGGCUGGUCACGCCGCCGCUGGUUCCACUGCGCCUCGUCCCCAAGUCAAGUGCAGGACGCAUGCUUAAUUAGCCAGCAUUUAGCAGUGCCACGGAAUCCGCAGGGGAUUUCCUAAGAAUUCAGUAGGAUGCUAAAUUUCUAAAGAAUGUAAUGCAAAAAGUGUCCUUAGAAAUGAUUUUAUAGAAUCUAUAAUACCUAAAUAGUUGAUCCCUACUGUCAUAUUU